UCCUAACGUGUUCUCUAGUUCAAUUAAUAGAGUUUAAUUAACAAUAAAACCCAGGUUCAGAUUUUAAUUAAGGUUCAUUUUUUGAAUUUUGAAACCAAUAAUACUAGGUACAAGCGAAUAACUCUGGAGAAUAUUGCGCAAGCAAACCAUGGUUAAGGCAAGACAAACAUUUCACCCCUUUCAUCAUCAUCAUCACCUCCUAUUUUAAAGCAUUGCUAAUGUCUUUCUCGGCGUAAUCAUCUUACUUUAUUUGAUUUCUUAAUUUCUUUGUCCUAAUAAGAUUCACAGCUUCAACAAGAAAUGUCAUCUUUGCGAGUUUGGCUAGGUCAACUCUUGUUUUCAAACCUGCGUCCUUUCUUCAUCCUUUCCUUUCAUACUUCAUUCAUUUUUCAUGUGGCUUCUUUUUAGUCCAUGAUAAUACCCUCAUCUUAAUCACCCUAGUUCACUAGAUUGGUUUGGUUUCACCCUUAAUCUCUCAGAACCAACUUCUACUAGAGGAUCUUUCCAUAGGACUUCUACACAUUGGUGAAGACAAAUAUUAUUAUGGGGACUAACAGGCAGGAGCAUGAAAUUUCAGGAGGAUCUGAGGCAACAUAUCAGGAGAUGAUAGAAAAUGAAGUCAAGGACACUCAGGAAGGCUCAACACACAAAUUAAUAACUGAGAGCUGCAAAUCAAACAGCAUGGUUAUAAAGAAACGACAUACGUUGAUUCCUGCUCACAUCAUAGCUGAAGCCAUAUCAACUAUUGCGGAUCUUGACAUUAGAUGGUCAGGUCCAAUCACACCAAAAGAAAUGGAAUACGUUGAACAAUAUGUCCUUGCAAAGUAUCCAGAAUAUUCAGGCCUCAUGAAAGGAGAUGGAAAUGGGAUAAACUUGUCUAGCUUUAUCAUCUAUGAGGAGCCUUCAGAAUCCAUGAUAGAUGAUAGGGGAAAGUCACCAAGAGAGUCUUCUACAUAUUUUUUUGGCAGUAAUAAUCUCCCUGAAAUGGAUAGGGCCAAGAUCCAGUUGGAGCCAUCAAGAUUACUAGACAUUCUCAACAAGAAAUCCUCAUUCCUUGGAAGUUUCAUCUCUAUCCCAGAAAUCCAAGCUCGCAAUAAGAUUUUGAAUCAUUAUGGUUUGCCAGAUGAAGAGUACCUUGUUCUCUUCACUCCAAGCUACAAGGAUGCCAUGAUGUUGGUGGGAGAAAGUUACCCUUUUGUUAAGGGAAACUACUACAUGACCAUUCUUGAUCAGGAAGAAGACUACAUCAGGGAGUUUGCUUCUUUUAAGGAGUCCAAGGUGAUCUCAGCACCCAAGACAUGGCUGGAUUUGAGGAUCAGCGGGUCUCAGCUGAGCCAGAACUUCAGGAGGAGGUGUAAGAUCAGCUCAAAGGGCUUGUUUUCCUAUCCGGUUGAUGCAAAUGGAACAAUGCAUUGGAUUUCUGAGGCUCAUAGGAACAACUGGCAUGUUCUACUUGAUGCAUCUGCCUUGGUAGUGGGAAAGGAUCGGCUACAUCUUCUUGCGCUCCACCGCCCGGAUUUUGUGAUAUGUAAUCUUGAAAACACUCAUUCCAAUCCUUCAAGAGUCACUUGCCUCUUAGUGAGAAAGAAAUCCUUUGAGGUCUCAGCUACUUCAUCUCAGGCAGUUGAAUGAGUGAGAAAGAAAUCCUUAUGAUUUUAGAGCAAUUAGCAAAUGUACAAAAUUUCCAUGCAGAUCCUUAGGUGUUUUUUCUCCUAUCAGAAUUGGAAUUUCACCUAGGUAACUUGUGUCAAUCUUUAAUGUAAACUUUUAUUAUGUGAACUACUGAGGCGAACCGCCAAUUCUGAUUGGAGAACACUAUCAUAAGUACUUAAUAAACUGCAUCUGAGUUUUGUCCUUAACAAAUUUGAUAUCAUGGACUCUAAGAAGCCAUGAAUUUUCCUGGCGUACUUUGUAGAUUGAAUAAAUUAAGACAUGCAUAUGUAAGGCCACUUAUUACUGGUUGGAACACAUUAUGCAUUGCUAAUCA